AUGGAUCCCAAGGGGCAUCUCUCCUUGAACCUUCUGCUGCUUCUCUCCCUGGCUUUUGAGCUGAGCUGCACAACAGGUGAGGGCUCGAGUUGUCAAAAGAUCACAGGAACAUUGGGACACAGCGUGCUGCUGCCCUUCACAUCUGGACACAUAAAUAAGAGCAUGAACGAGAGCAAGCUCAUCCUUGUCGCCAGGGAAGAAUCACUCGGAAGCAACGUCAAGAAGAAAAUUGUGUCUUAUCAUCAAUCGGAAGGGGGUUCUCCUGGCUACGUGGAGAAUGGCUACACAUUUCACUUGGAAAACCUGAGCCUGGAGAUCCUAGAAAGCAAGAAGGAGGAUAAGGGCUUCUACUUUAUGACCCAGGAGGGAAAUGUUUCCAUCCAGCAACUCUGUCUGCAGCUGGAGCUCUAUGAGCAGGUCUCCACUCCAGAAAUUAAGGUGUUGAACUACAGCCAGGAAAUCGGGAACUGCAGCUUGACGCUGACCUGCCAGGUGGAGAAGGGAGACCAAGUAACUUACAACUGGUAUGAGGUGGCAGGCACCCAUGCACUGAGACUAGUCAAUGGGUCCCAAGUCCUGCACCUCACUCUGGGCCCUCAGCAUGCAGACAACACCUACAACUGCACUGUGAGCAACCCUGUCAGCACCAGCUCCCAGACCUUCCACGCCAGGCACAGAUGCAUGAAGUCAGGUGAGUUAACACUGGAUUGGGGACUGUAUGCUGGGCUGGUCUCAGUGGGCAUCUUAAGUGUUGUCAUGAUUCUCCCAGCAAAAAUACUACUGUUGAGAAGAAGAGGUAAAACGGACCAACCAACAGUGGAAGAAAAAAACCGUACUAUCUAUGCCCAAGUCCAGAAAUCAGGUUCUGUUCACAAGAAACCAGAUCCCCUGCCAGCCCAAGACCCCUGUACCACCAUUUAUGUUGCUGCCGAAGAGCCUGUCUUGGAACCUGCCCAGGAAUUAACCUCUAUCACAGUCUAUGCCAAUGUGACGCUUCCAGAGAGCUGACACCACAGGCCAAGCCAAGGGAUUUUCUGAAGGAAAAUGCAGGAACUGAAAUAAAUGCUGAACUUGGUCCCAGGUCCCAAGUUCCCCGUGCUGCUCUAACAUCUGUUCUCUUCUCUGAUCAACUCCCUGGUGAUGCUUCUCCACUUCCACCUGUGAGAUGGACCAGGAUGUGGGGCUUCCUAAGUGGGGCUUGACCUGCUCCACAGGGACAGGCCCAGAACGGAGAGGGUAACACAGCUCCCACCUCCGCGGUGGAAGAGACAAUGGAGAGUGUGGAUCCAGCAGAGUCCAGAAGGCCAGGUGCCUGCUCUUUGCUGGACGGGACAAUAAAGCUGAAUGGCAGAAGGCCAGACCAUCCCGUGCCCAUCUCAGUCUGCUAACCACCAGCCACAAAGCCAGGGAACAGUUUACAUUUUGGUUGCCGGAGCUGAUUCCCAUCAAGGUCCAGACCUGUCAAGGCUCUGUAUGUCAGUUUCUCUCUCUGGAUGGGUAAUAAGGGGUGAGUUCCUUAUUAUAUGUAAAACACUCAGAUAUACUUUA